ACAGCCAUACUUUGAAACGGGGAACUGACUUGUUGAAUCGUGAACAUUACUGUUUUUAUUCCACUUUUGAUCACGGACAACCACACUAUAAUCACCGGCUUGAUUAUGAUUUACUUUCGAGGGUGAUGAUUCUUAGCGUACACCGCUUGAAAUGCAAAAGAAAAAGACAGAUAGCCCUCAAGCUUGUUGGCUAAGUUAGAUAGCAACUCACUCAGUAAUAAUUGCUACUGUACCUAGCUAGUAAACACGUUGGCCAUCCGUGAAGAUGUCGCCCUGGGAUAUCAGAAAGGAGUACUUGUACAAGUUGCCAACUAUGGUCCUGUGCGAGUUCUCCAGAGUUAUGGACAGUAUUUCGGAUGUCGACUGGGACAGAUUUGCGUCACAUGUUUUGACUGACCAGACUGACCGACGCCUGGCUGAGAAGAGAGAGAGACGGACAGACUGGGUGAUCAAUCACUGGGCUCAGAGGAAUGGAACUGUGGGAAAGCUCCUGGACAUUCUGGAGAAGCUUCAGCUCUUCAGGGCUAGAGACCUCAUCCUAGACUGGAAGCCCAUUGGACAGCGGCAGUCUUCCACUCUACCUGCUGCCCCGUCAUUGGUUAAAGUGGACCCUCCGGUCCCUCCCUCUCACCUGUUCACCCCGCCUCUUAAAGUUCAGCCCAGCAGCACUAUGACCACCAAGGCUGUCUUUCAACCAGGACUGAGGGCUCUUCCCAAACCUGACCCGCCCCCUGUGGGGUUAGAAUCCCUCGUCCCCGGAGAAGGGGGACAGUCCACAAACCAACAGUUGUCCACAGGUGCACCUCCGCUGCUCCCCAGCGCCAUGUUCUGGCCGAUGGAGGAGGUCCAGAGAGGCACGGAAGGCUUCUCGGUGGCCCAGCAGAUUGGCGAGGGGGGUUUUGGGGAUGUGUACCGAGCCACCAUGAGGAGCACUGACUAUGCGGUGAAGAGACUGAAGGAGAAUUCAACGAUAGACUGGAGCACGGUGAAAGAAAGCUUCAAGACCGAGGUGGAGAAACUAUCACAAUACAGACACCCAAAUAUAGUGGACUUCGUGGGCUACAGUGUUGGAGGAGGAACCCACUGUCUCAUCUAUGUCUUCAUGGCCAACGGCUCCCUGGAAGACCAGCUGCACAAGGCCAGUACUGCCCUCUCCUGGCCACAGCGGGUCAGUGUGUUGUUGGGUUCUGCCAGGGGCAUCCAGUAUCUACACUCCUCUAGUCCCCCACUCAUCCACGGGGACAUAAAGAGUUCUAACAUUCUGCUAGACGAGCACUUGGAGCCCAAGCUGGGUGAUUUUGGGCUGGCCCGGUUCUGCCGUGCCCGUAGUUCUGCCGGCAAGACCACCAUGACAGUGUACACCAAGACACUGCGGGGAACCCAGGCGUACCUCCCAGACGAAUACCUCAAGACCGGGGAGUUGGGCGUGGCCAUCGACACCUUCAGCUUUGGAGUGGUGCUUUUAGAGGCUCUCACUGGGCGUAGAGCGUUAGAAGUCAACAGCCAAUCCAAACCUGUCUUCCUGAAAGACCUGGUGACGUCGGCUGAAGACAACGGUGAUCGUGGGAGGAAAGGAAGACUGAGCACUGAGGACAGGCAGAUUUCAAAGGGAACUUUGACAGCGACACUGAGCCUGGAACAGCCAAGCAUUCCCCCGGCAGCCAAACACAUCUGGAUGAACCACCUGGAUGCCAGAGUGCUGGCGCCUGGGUCGGGAGGCUCCGCUAGCCCGUCCAGGGUGUGUGCUGCCAGGCCAGGGUCCUGCCCUCCACACGGCUCCCUGGACUUGGCCGUCUUAGCCUGUCGCUGUCUGGAGACCCGGAAGAAGAAGAGACCCCCCAUGACUGAGGUGUUCCAACGGCUUCAAGACAUCCACAGCAAUCUGAAGGCUUCCAGCAGGUCAUCCCCUUCCAGUGCUCCUCAGGUCCAGCCCAUCCCCAAGCGUCCUCAAUCAUCUAUUGACUCAUGUAUAGACUCCCUGGUGGACAUCCUGUCAAAUAUAGGUCCACUCGAAGACACAUACCACUGCCCCCCUCACCCCAGCUCAUCCCUCUUGCAUCACUCAUCCUUGCUCGUUCCCUCCUCGUCCUCCAUCCUGGGCCCUUGUGAAUCGGAUGAGAGUCAGGGCUACUCCCAGUACUCGGCUGCUCUUCUUUCCCAGCCGCCCCAUUGUGGAAGUAGACCAGAUCCUCAGAUCUCUUUGCCUUCUGGUAGGGUAUCUGCACUCCAGACCUCCUUGCCUUGCUGCGGGGCCUCUAAGACUGUUGAGGUCAGUUAUUCUUGGUCGUCACAUGCUGGUCGUUUACGCUCCAGUUCACCAAGCUCCUUAUCAGAUGCUGAGAAUAACCCACAGAGCAGAGGGCCAGAGGAGAGCGAUGAACUUGACUAUCUUUCUGGAGAAGCCAGUGGGAGUCAAGCCGAUAGAGAUUGACACUCAUAACUUCAAACCAAGCCUGAUGCUAAAAAUUAGUUUCCAAAAUUACAUAAUUAGAGGACAUUCUUAUUAUUAUUAUUGUUAAUAAUAAACUGAAGAAUGCAGUUUGGAAAGGAUGAAAUGUAAUCAACCAAAUCCAAAGUUUCACACAUUACAAGUUCUCAUUACAAAUUGUUUACAAUUUAUUUCCUAGUUAUUUAUCCAACACUCAUCUACAAAAGUUUACAAGAGCUAUUACGGUGAAAUGUCUUGUUCAAGAGCCCAGUUAUCAUUAUCCUUGUCAGUUCUGGGAUUUGAACCAGCUACAAACUGCUGGUAUAAAUCUCUAACCUCUAGGCAAUUUGGUGCCCAACCUGUAUCAGUAUCUUUUGGAUAAUUCAGAAUGUUGUAUGAAUGUUGUUACGUUAAUACAAACAAUAUACAGAAUAUCAAGGAAAUGUCACAUACAAGUUACAUUUAUAUAGCAGGCAUGUAUCGUGAUUUCACUGUCUACAGAAUAUACAGCCUGUUUCAGUAUUGCUAUUGUGAAUUAUUUAUUAUCGUCUGUGAUUUUUUUUAUUUUUUUUGAUCUAUAGUAAUUAAAUUGUUAUUCUGUAUUUUCCAUCUGUAUGUACGUCUCACAGUUUAUGACUGUGGUUGUGGAAUGGGCCUUUAACAUGUACUCCUGCAAUGAGGAUCGUUUUUGCUGUUAGUCUAGCACAGGGCAGUAUGUAGUCAAACCUAAUUAUAACUUCUAUGAGUGACACUUGGCUCAUGUCCUGCCACCUGUUUUGGAGGUGGUGAGCCAGCUGUAAUCAGAUUCUUCCUGAAUUUGCUACACUUGUGUCAGCAGUGGGAUGCUGUGGCAUCAUAGUAUGAUAUGACCACAUAGCCUACAUUACACUGGAAUACAGAUGUUUGUCAGUGAAUUUUCAUAAUGCUUCAGUUGAGUGUGUUUUUCCAUUGUUUAUUUCUGAAUACAAGUUAAUAUAAUCAAUGUAUGAAAUUGUUCAAUAAAAAGUUGAACACCA